UGAAUGUAACCACAAAGUGGUCGGCAUAGCGCAUUUUCAACUAAAAGCCAUAAUUAUAUAUUAAUAAUAAUAAUAACAGCGACAACAGCUGCAACUAAUGCCAGCUUAGUUUGACAACUAUACACACACACGCAUACAUAAACACAUAUAUGUAUAUACAUACAUAAAUAUAUAAUAUAAAAUAUUUAAAGCCAUUUUAAGCUCGGACAUAAAAAUCGAACGCAUCAAAAUGUCAGCAAAACCGACACUAUGGGAACGCUGGCUGUACAAAUCAAGUAUGGACUAUACGAGCUUGGGUUGUUGUACGCUGGCUUUUGUGCUGUAUCUGAAUACCUUGAAUGCCGGAUUUGUUUACGAUGACAGACGCGCCAUACUGGCCAACACUGAUGUCUCCGGCCAUACACCUUGGCAGAGUAUCUUCCAACAUGAUUACUGGGGUACACCGCUUACCGAUGCUGGCUCGCACGGCUCCUACCGACCACUGUGCGUGCUCAGUUUUCGUUUCAACUUCCUGCUUGGCGGCUAUACACCUUGGGGCUUUCAUCUCAUCAAUAAUCUAAUGCACUGUUUGGCCACGGGUUUGGUGGUGAAGUUGGCGCGUUACUUUCUAAACUCCGUUUGGGGUGUGCUGGCGACGGGCGCCAUCUUUGCGGCGCAUCCCAUACACACCGAGGCUGUGGCGGGUAUUGUGGGCCGCGCUGACCUAGCGGCCUGCAUUUUCUACCUGCUGACAUAUCUAAUGUAUAUGCGGCACAUAGUGUGGCGUGAACGUGGCGAGGCGCGACAGUGGUGGGCGCUUAUACUCACGCUGGUAUUAUCACUUGUAGCUUUACUUUUCAAGGAGACGGCGAUUACGGCGCUGCUGGUAUGCGCCAUAUUCGACAGCUUACGUGGGCUGUGUGGCUUUCGCGACAAGCACCGUAUGCGCACGCUCUGCAUACUGGCCGUGUCGCUUAUGUGCAUCGUCUAUUGGCGUCUACURGUGCUUCCGCGUCCGCAAACCGCCUUUUCAACAGCUGACAAUCCAAUCGCGAAAAUGCCUUCGAUGUGGACACGCUUCCUGACCUUCCUCUACCUGCCCGUCUUCAAUUUCAGUCUACUGCUGAGUCCGCGUGUGCUCAGCUUCGACUGGGGCAUGGACGCCAUACCGCGCAUAACCUCAAUACGUGAUGAACGCAAUCUACUUAGCUUUGCUUUCUACAGCACGCUAGCCACACUGGCUUUCAAGUGCUUUAAAUAUUUGUGGCGACGGCGUGCCGAGCGCAUCGCAAAAGAGCAGCGCCAUGCACAACAACAACAGCAACAACUGCGCAAGUCACGUUCGAAAAAGAAAUAUCGCAUACCGGACAUAACGGCMGCGGCAUUGGAAUCAAAAUCGACUUACAGCUUACUAGAUGCAACAACGUUAAGCCGCGCGCCYUACAGCGCCGCAGCCAGUACAACAACGACGGCGAUGCAGGCACUGUUACAGCCCGAGGCGUUGCCGAGCUCGGCACACCUGCCGUGCCAUUGCCACGAUUGUAAGCAGGAGCUUAGCUCUGCGCAUCAUACCGCUACGUGUCGCGCGCUCAAUAAUAAUAACAAUAACAAUGUGCAGUGGCUGCAUGCGAACGCGUUCAGCGAUUGUUGUUGCCAUCAGUUAUUUCAGUCUUCCAGUGGCGCGCCACAUCUGUUGGCGGUGGCGUUGCGUAAAGCGCUCAUGGCGGUGGUGCCGCGCUCCUCGCGCAGCAGCAGUCGCUGCAGCAGCAGCACGACAGCCAGCAACAACAGCUCCGGYAGCAAUACCUCCAGUAGCAGCAACUGCAGCAGCGCUUCAGCAACGCAGGUGACAGAUCAACAGCGCGCWCGUYUAACAGCGUCACCCACUGCGUUAACACCGCGCGCCGCGCAGCAUACCAACAACGCGUGUAUAUUGUUGAUGGCUUUGUCAUUUCUAAUGCUGCCGUUUAUACCCGCUACGAAUUUAUUCUUCUACGUCGGUUUCGUGGUUGCCGAACGCUUGCUUUACUUGCCCAGUGUCGGCUAUUGCCUAUUGGCUGGCUAUGGUAUUAGUAAGCUGAUGGAGCGCGUACGCUCGCCGGCCGCACGCAAGCGCAAGAUGGCACUAAUACUCGGUCUCAGCCUGCUGUUGAGCGUGCUCGGCGCUCGUACGGUGCAGCGCAACUACGACUGGUACGACGAGGAGAGCCUCUUUCGUAGCGCGGUGCAAGUAAAUCCACCAAAAGCUCUCGGCAACUUAGGAAGUGUACUUAGCUCUCAAGGACGUUAUGAAGAAGCACAGGAAGCGCUGAUUGAGGCGAUUAAGCAUAGACCGAAUAUGGCGGAUGUGCAUUUCAAUCUGGGAAUUUUAUAUCAAAAUCAACAAAAUCACAAGGCUGCGGUGGAGUGCUUUCGAAAAGCGAUACAGUUUCGACCAAAUUUAGCAGUGGCGUUCCUAAAUUUGGGCGCAUCACUUAUCGCUCUGGGCAGAUGUCGCGAGGCGGCACAAAUCCUGAAAGAGGGCACUCAGCUGCACGGCACCGGUGUACGUGAUCGCACAGCACAUGACAAUGCACGCAUCUCGUCCUACCUACAGCUGGGUGCGCUCUACGCCGAGCAAGGUAAGCUGCAGCGAGCGCUGGCCGUUUACCGCGAAGCGCUGCAUGCGCUGCCCUCGACGUACUAUCAGCGCGACRUACUUUAUAACCGCAUCGGCGACGUUUUCGGACGCCUGCAGCAAUGGAACGAAGCGGAGCGUUAUCACUAUGCGGCGUUGCAAUUGCAACCCAAUCAAGUGGCGGCACAUCUCUCGUACGGCAUAACGCUGGCGCGCAAUAGCAGCCGCGCUGCUGAGGCGGAAGUGUGGUUUAAGCGCGCUUUACAGUUGGCGCCACAGCAGUCGAGCGCGCAUCACUAUUACGCGGAGUUCCUCACCUCCCAAUCACGCAGUGAAGAAGCGAUCUUUUAUCGCAUACGCGCCGCCGAGCUCGCGCCCGACGACUAUGCCUUGGUGGUGGCGGCCGCCACGGCGUUGCGCCUGUCCGAACGCAAAGCGGAAGCGGAAAGCUGGUACCGCAAGGCGGUAGCGAUGCGUCCCAAUGACGCGCAUGCGCACACCAAUCUGGGCGCCAUACUACAUCUGCUGGGACGCACCAAGCACGCGGCCCACAGUUACCAAGAAGCCUUACGCUUGCAGCCUGGCGACCCGACAACACUCGGCAAUCUCGCCAAACUGGGCAUCAUCGAACCCAAAUGAGUGCAUUAGCAUGCGGCUAAGCAUGCGCCCGUUAAGCAGCUCACURCAGUGUGUCUCAGGCAUGCCGCUGUAGCGACGCGCGCCGUAAAGCAGACAACGCUUUGUAAAAUGUGUAAGAAACGGCUGCAGCAGCAAGCAAAUGUUUUGAAGAAAGUUUCCCGUUUUCAUACACUUUGUUGACACUAAGAGAGAGCGUUCUAAUAUUUUUAUAAAGCUAAAUACUAAUUAAUUACAUAUACAUAUACAUACAUAUAUACAUACAUACAUAUGUACAUAAGUAACAAUAAAAAUGGACUUGAAAAUGCAACAAAGUAUCAAUAACCAGUACCAAACCAAACAGGAACUUAAUAAAUACAGUUAUAACCUAUAAAUAAAGCGAGAAAGAAAGAGAGAGAGAGAGAGCGGGCGUGUAGUAAAAUACAAAAAAAAUAUUUACAGACAAGCACAUAAUGUAGUUUAGCCGCUUGUAAAUAACAGCUACUUAUACAAAUGUAAAAAAAAAAUUAUGUAUUUAUGUAUAAAAAAAUGGUGAAAAUUCAAAUUGAAAUUACAACAAAAACAAAGAAAAAUUUAAUCAAAUUAUUUUAAACCAAAAUGUCAGCAAGUCUAUGUACUACAUACAAGCAUACAAGCAAACAUAUUUUCGGCUUUUGUGUUACUCGUUUCACUAAAUUGGGUAUGUGUGUGCGCUAAUGCCACAAUUUGAGACUACAAGACCGUUAUGUAAUGCAAUUCAUUCGGGCGAGUUCGCAGUAAUUACAAAAACAAGUUCGGCGUACAAAUUGGCAGUAAAAUGUUUUUGUGUGCAAUUACCUGGCCUUGGUCGCGUUACUGUACAAAAUUACCGUUGUAAAUAUGAUAUAAAUAUUGGCUUAUUAUUUGCGAGCAGCUAACAAAAAGCAAAGUGAAUUGGCGGCGUAGCGGCGUGAUAAUUACUAAGUAUUGGUAUUGAGCAUUAGUUAUGUAUGUAAGUAAUUAUUGUAGAUAAUGAUGAGUAAAGGAAACAGUGAAGUUAAGGAACAGUAACAGACGUUAGCUCCCGGUUAACCUAAUUGUAAUAUAACAUGUAAAACAAAACCAAAAACAAGAAAAAUAUAUUUAAAAAAAAAAAAAA